GAAGAGAGCAAUGGCACUCUCUGUACUGAUUACUAUAGAGCUAGCUGGGUUAUUAGAGACCAGCACCCACUAGCCAUCCUGGGCCCAGACAUGCUGCUUACCACAGGGGGCUCCUAUAUGGUCCUGUGUGCCAUGUUGAUUUCUAUCCUGCACAUGGUUUCCCUUGAUGCUUUAAAUGUGACAGACCCUCUUGCUCGAAGCUCAAUUCAAAAAAGCUAUGAUCUCACAAAGUACUUGGAGCAGCAGCUGCGCUCUCUGGCUGGACCAUAUCUAAAUUAUCUUGGCCCCCCUUUCAAUGACCCAGAUUUCAACCCACCACGUUCAGGAGGUCCAGAAACAAUCCCCAGUGCCUCUGUAGACUUUCAUCUUUGGCGGAAUCUAAAUGAUGGUUUACGCUUGGCAGAGAAUCAUCGGGCAUACAGCUUGCUCCUCUGCUAUCUAAGGUCUAUUGAUGGGGAAGUGGCGCGUACAGAACUGAGACGGAGUCUUGGACGUUUUUGCACAAGUUUACAGGGCCUGGUUGUUAGCAUAGCAGGAGUGAUGUCUUCCCUGGGUUACCAGCCCCCACAAGACCUGGCCACUUCCUCCACCCUACCAGCCGUGGGCUAUGGCAAGGGUAAUGAUUUCCUGAGAAAGAUGGAGGACUUUUGGCUUUUAAAGGAACUGCAAAUCUGGUUAUGGAGGUCAGCCAAGGACUUCAACAGGCUUAAGCGAAAGGUUCCAGCUAUUGUUGCCUUUAGAGUAGAAUCCCAUGGGUUUUGAAAUGGAAAGGAGAAGCAACAACCAUUAUUGUUCCUAAGCUUACAUGAACCCAAGUCACAUGGAAAAAAACAUGCACCAGAAGACAGAAUGAUCGAAAAGAUAAAUAUAGAAUGAAUGCUCAAGGAAAAAGAAAAACAAUGACUGAUUAAAUGAUGGCCAUAUACAUUGUUAACAUUAAUGAGCAUUCAAAAGAAAGAAAAUGGGAGAAAUAUUUUAAGGGAAUUUGUUACUUAGAUAACAAUGCAAAAUUAGUCAGAAGGCAGUGUGAUUAUAUAUGGGAUUUCUGUGUUUUUCUUCUCACAGUAACAAGAGAGACAAAGCUCGUGUACUGGAAACUAGGCUUACGCCACAUAACAGAUGUGUGCAUUGUAUAAUAUACUUUUUGUUUCUCUUUAAUACACAUCAGUUCAAAGACAGUUCUAGACUUAAACUUUGGGAGUUAAAAAAAGUAGGCCUUUUACAAAUUAUUAAAGUCAGGAGACCUAAAGUAGGUGUUUAAUACACUUACAUCUAUAAACUUCAAUAUGUAUAUUUUUAGACAUUGCAUCACUUACCUAGCUUGGCUGCAGGAAGGUGGAUUCUCUGGUGUGUCA